AUGCUUUGGACCUUGGUGGCAGGCUGCGCCGGACUUAAAGAAGCUUUUCUUGGAGCAGUCUCGUCUUUGUCCUUGCGUCCCAACAUCACGAAGAUUGUCGAUGUCAUUGUCGUCGAGCAAUCGACCGCCGCUGUGGCCAUGGAUACCAAGAUUCACACCGAAGAUCCCAACCGUCCCUGUGUCAAGCGGUGUGGCCGACUGGUCCCCAUCUUUUGCAAGGGAUAUGACAUCCACAAAAACCUGGAAUGCUUUGAAUAUUGGCAAAACAGCGGAGCGUCACCCAAAACUAUCGCCGUGGCCUACAAGGCCAAUAGAACUAGUAUCCAAGACGUCCUCAAGACCUACGAGGAUGGGAAGACAGCCUCGCCUGGCAAACAAGAAUUCCACAAGGAGGGGCUGCAAUAUUGGCAAGAGAUCCACAACAUUCACGUCCCAGCCUAUCUGAGUGUUAUGGCAUCCGCGGUACGCGUACCGAACACCCGCGUCGGGUAG